AUGGCUUAUAAUUGCAUCAGACUCCACUUAGCCUCUGUUUUCUUGCUUUUGGGGCUUAUUAUCUCAUUUUCCAACCUGCAGGGAACUGCAGCAGAAAACCUUUCCAAGCAGAAACUCACCUCACGGAUUCUUCAGGAUGAGAUUGUGAAGGAAGUCAAUGAGAAUCCAAACGCAGGAUGGAAAGCUGCUUUGAAUGAUCGGUUUGCUAACGCCACCGUUGCAGAGUUUAAGCACCUGCUGGGUGUUUUACCAACACCAAAGAAGGAAUACUUAGGUGUACCUGUUGUAAGCCAUGACAGAUCUCUCAAGCUUCCAAAAGAGUUUGAUGCUAGAACCGCUUGGUCACAGUGCACCAGUAUCGGAAGGAUCUUAGAUCAGGUAAAACCUCAUUCGAGUAGGGGUCACUGUGGUUCUUGCUGGGCAUUUGGUGCUGUUGAAUCCCUUUCCGACAGAUUCUGCAUCAAAUAUAACAUGAACAUUUCUUUAUCUGUCAAUGAUCUCUUAGCAUGCUGUGGAUUCCUCUGCGGUCAAGGUUGUAAUGGUGGCUACCCAAUCUCUGCGUGGCGCUACUUUAAACACCAUGGUGUAGUCACCGAAGAGUGUGAUCCAUACUUUGACAAUACCGGAUGCUCUCACCCUGGAUGUGAACCUGCAUUCCCUACACCAAAAUGUGUGAGGAAAUGUGUCACCGGAAACCAGCUCUGGCGUGAAUCAAAACACUACGGUGUUAGCGCGUACAAAAUCAAAUCUGACCCUCAAGACAUCAUGGCAGAAGUUUACAAGAACGGACCUGUCGAGGUUGCUUUUACCGUUUACGAGGACUUUGCGCAUUACAAAUCUGGAGUGUACAAGCACAUAACGGGUACCAACAUUGGAGGUCAUGCUGUUAAGCUUAUUGGCUGGGGAACUUCUGAUGACGGCGAAGAUUAUUGGUUGCUUGCAAAUCAAUGGAACCGAAGCUGGGGUGAUGAUGGUUACUUCAAGAUCAGGAGAGGAACAAACGAGUGUGGCAUCGAACACGGCGUUGUAGCUGGUUUACCUUCAGACAGGAACGUCUUUAAAGGUAUCACUACUGCUUCGGAUGAUCUUCUUGUUUCCUCAUUUUAA